GCGGAUGCGGGCCGAGCCAAGUAGCGGAUCCGGGCCGAGCCGAGCGGAUCCGCCAAUGGGAGCGGGCGGUGCCGCCGGCGCGGCGCGCUGCGGGCGCGGAUUGGCGGCGCGGCGCGGCAGUGGGCGGGGCGCAGUCCGGAGCGGAGCCGCCAUGACGGCGCACAGCUUCGCGCUGCCGCUCGUCCUCUUCUCCGCCUUCUGGGGCCUCGUGGGCAUCGCCGCCCCCUGGUUCGUGCCCAAGGGCCCGAACCGCGGGGUGAUCAUCACGAUGCUGGUGACCACCGCCGUGUGCUGUUACCUCUUCUGGCUCAUCGCCAUCCUGGCCCAGGCCAACCCCCUGUUCGGGCCGCAGCUGAAGAACGAGACCAUCUGGUACGUGCGCUUCCUCUGGGAGUGAGCAGUGCCUGGGAGCUGGCGCCUCAGCAGAGACCCCCAUCAAAUCCAUCACCGUGAGUGGCUCCUGUAGCUGUUCCAGCCUCUACCCUCCUGUACCAAGCAGCCCCCAGAGGUGCUGGACAGAGGCUGGACCGGCUGCCCAAGCACACCUGGAGCACUGCAGCCUGGACCAAUGGAUGGCUGGGCCCCCAAGCAUGGCAGGCAGCAUCCCUGGAUGAGGGCCUACUAAUCCAGCCCUAGGAGCAGCCACGCUGCCAGGGAGAGAUCCCUUCAGCUGGCCCAGUGCUGCAGUGACUGAGCACCAUCCUGUGAGGGACCUUUGUGUGGUGCCAGCAGAUCCUGUCCCAGCAGUGCUUGUCCUGCCCUCCUGCUGUGUUCAGCCCUAGCCCCCACGUGAAACCCCUGCUCGUAGCCCAAGCUGCCCAACUAGUUGCCCUGUCCCUGGUCAUUACUGGCUGCCCGUCUGCAUGAGAACACAGGAGCCCUUGCAUCCCCUGUGAUCAGUCCCCUGUGCUGGGGGUGGUCCCUGCUAAGGCAGAUUCUGGCUGUGGGUGGAAGAACAAAGGGUUGACCCUGGAGGAGCAUGCAGACCGCCCUGGGUGUGGUAAGGGAGGUGUUGGGGUCUGCUGGCAGGGAUGAAAAGAGGGCAGUCUCCCACCUGAGCAGUGAGGCAGCUGCAGCAGUGUUUAGGUAUCUCCACCACAAGAUGGGUCCAGGUUCUGAGAAGAGCCAAGCAGGGCAUUGUGUUUCAGGUUUCCCCUUAUUUAUCAGAUAAUUUAUCUGUAUUUAUUUAUUUGUCUGUGUCGUUUAACUUGUGUUGUGGAAAUAAAUCCUUUUUCUAUUAAGUCA